AAAUAUGCUUUUAUUUUGAAAAUAAUGGACCGGAUGUUUUAGAGUGUAGUUGGGUGUGUUGAUGCGUUGAAGCUCCAGGACAAAAGUCCACCAUGGCUGAGACCCACAGCUUACAGGACCUCCAGCAGCCUACUGUCUCCUCCAAAGUGUAUGUCCAGAGAGACUACAGCUCAGGAACCCUCUCUAAGUUUCAGACAAAGUUCCCCUCUGAACUGGAGUCAAGGCUUGAUAAGCAGCAGUUUGAGGAAACCAUCCAGACUCUAAACAAUCUGUAUGCAGAGGCUGAGAAACUAGGGGGGAAGUCGUAUUUAGAGGGCUGUCUUGCUUGUCUAACUGCCUACACAAUCUUCCUUUGUAUGGAGACACACUACGAAAAGGUGUUGAAGAAGAUCGGCAGGUACAUUAAGGACCAGAAUGAGAAGAUCUAUGCUCCCAGAGGUUUGCUGUUGACCGACCCCAUAGAGAGAGGCCUGAGAGUCGUGGAAAUCACCAUCUUUGAAGACAGAAGUAUUGGCUCUGGAAGAUAAAGACAUUUGAGGCUUCUGAUUCUGACCAGAUACUCUACAUCUGAGUGGCAGCACAUACCCAGACAUCUGCCCCACACGAAUGGAUGUACAUAAUGUUGAUCUGAUCCUUUUCUCUGUUAUUUAUAAAUACUCUACCGUCUGCCUUUCCUUUUAAGUUUAUAAAAGUGUCUUUACGUC